GUACUGACACACACACCGAGACGUUUAUGAUAUGCUUUAAGUGGCGUGUUGGUGGAUGAUGAUGUGGGUGAAACUGCUGUUUAUGAGGGGUAAACAUUAGAUACUGCACAGACAGACAGACAAACAGACAGACAGACACACAAGGUUUGACAGCGGCGGUUCAGGUUCAGUUAAACGGACACUCACACACGUCAUGAAGAUGCUGCUCGGACUCGGGUUCCUCUCCCUCCUCAUCUCUCCAGUCCUGUCAUUAGAUUGCUACGUGUGCAGAUCUUCUCCCACCAAUGACGUAUGCAACAGUAACAACAAUCAGACAUGUCAGCCGCCACUGGACACGUGUAUGACUACCGUCAGCAUUUUAGGCUCUGAGAAAGCCAUAGUGAAAUCGUGUUCCAGUAAGAACAUAUGCAACGGAGCUGCUGCAUCCACCUCAGUCGAUGUCAACGGAAACGGAAACAUUGUGAACUGCUGCAACAACUUUAACUUGUGUAACUUCAGUGGAGCCGAGUCUGUUCACAUCCACACAGCGCUGCUGCUCUUGACUGUAGGUGUAUUAUUCCUGCUGUCACACUGAGGCCAGUGAGAUAUACCAACGCUGUCUCUAAAUGUAACUCAACAGUAUACUAUGUAAUAUGUUGUAUAAUGUAAAGACUGUAUAGCUCUGUUGGAGACACAAGUGCAAGCUUAAAAUAUUAACAGGACGCUGACCUUCCUGUUGCUGGGAAAUGUGACUGCUGACUGUUAAUGUUAUUA